AUGGGGAGUUUAAAGAAUGACAUUAAAAGUGAGGUUGGCAGCUUAAACAGUGAAAUAGCAAGUUUCAAGAGCGAGAAUUCUUACAGCAAGCUGCUUCCAGAUGACUCUCUUGCCUCUUCUGAAUCCAAGAAUGUGACUCCUAUCUCCUCCGACUUUGAACUCAAUCGUGGCAGUCUCACUUUCCCUGCCAAAUUUGAAGGCCACGAUGAUGUUGAAAUCCAAUCUCCUGAUAACUCAAUUUGGGAGUCCUUCUUUGCUGAUCAGCUGGAGGGAGAUUUCAUGAUCUCUUCCCCCGUCAGGAACCUUCCCUUGCCUCAGCCUGUUUCCAGUUUCUGUACUACUACUCACAAUAACAACAUAUACGCACAUCAUCAGGGAAUUCAUGGGCAAAGCAUGAUGAUGUGCUCCCCUCCUUGCUCUCCCCUGAGACCUAAUAAUUACAACUCGAAUAAUAAAGGCAAGGGACUGAGCCCGCUCCAAAAAGUUUUCAACUCUCCUAAUAACCAGUUCAUGCAAAUUGAGAGCUUUAACCUGCCAGCUCUCGAGAGUUUCUUGGAUGAUGACUAUGACAAGGAGGAUUUAGCAUCCUCAUAUUCCACCCUCAAAGUUUCAGAUGGUGGUGCAGCAGGAUCCUCUUCCGACUCAUUUGAUGCUCUGUCGGUAAUUCCUGAUUUCUUAGAGUGCCUGGCGUUGCCAAAUUCAUCAUCCAAUACGUCCGGUAGCUUUAUGGGAUCAUUACUCAGCAACACAUCUACAGGACAAGUACUGAACCAAGACGAUGAGAUUUUCCAGACGGGGUCUAUUGCUCCUCUGUCACAACAGCUACAUCAAGAACGGCAGCAUGAGAAGCAACAAAAACAAAUACCAACACAUGUUGAACUACCAUCAACACAACAACAAUAUACGCAAAUUAUCAAUCACAACUUGGUUGUUGCUGCACCUGAUCAGAUGCAGGAUCAGGACAGUGGCUUACAAUUGGUGCACCUUCUCCUUGCUUGUGCUGAAGCAGUCUCCAAAGAGGACUAUAUGUUGGCAAGAAGGUAUCUCCACCACCUGAAUCGAGUAGUCACCCCAAUCGGUGACUCCAUGCAACGAGUGGCUUCUUGCUUCACCGAAGCUCUUACAGCUAGACUUGCCGCAACACUAGCCACUAAACCCAGCACCUCUGUCCCAAAACCUUUCAACCCUUUUCCUCCUAAUUCCCUCGAAAUCCUCAAGAUCUAUCAGAUUCUUUACCAAGCCUGCCCUUAUGUCAAAUUCGCUCAUUUCACAGCUAAUCAAGCCAUAUUUGAAGCAUUCGAAGCAGAGGAGCGCGUUCAUGUUAUCGAUUUAGACAUCCUUCAAGGUUAUCAGUGGCCGGCUUUUAUGCAGGCCUUAGCAGCCCGACCUGGCGGUGCUCCGUUCCUUCGUAUCACAGGAGUGGGUUCGUCUCCGGAAGCGGUGAGGGAAACGGGUCGAUGUUUGACAGAACUGGCGCAGUCCCUCCACGUUCCGUUCGAAUUUCACCCGGUGGGGGAGCAGCUUGAGGAUUUGAAAGCACAUAUGUUCAACAGAAGGAUAGGUGAGGCACUGGCGGUGAAUUCGGUGAAUCGACUGCAUCGAGUACCAGGCAAUUGUAUUGGGAACUUGUUAGGGAUGAUCAGAGACCAAGCCCCAAAUAUAGUAACGAUCGUGGAGCAAGAGGCGAGCCAUAAUGGACCGUAUUUCCUGGGUCGGUUCCUGGAGGCGCUGCAUUACUAUUCGGCCAUCUUUGAUUCCCUGGACGCGACAUUUCCAGGGGAUUCAUCACAGAGGGCAAAAUUGGAACAGUACAUAUUUGGACCUGAGAUAAUGAACAUAGUUUCGUGCGAGGGAAUGGAGAGAAUGGUGCGGCACGAGAGGUUAGAAAAGUGGAGGAGGGUGAUGGAAGGAAAAGGUUUUAAAGGAGUAGCACUGAGUGCAAACGCAGUCACACAAUCCAAAAUAUUACUGGGUCUCUACUCCUGUGAUGGUUACAAAUUGACAGAGGACAAUGGUUGCUUGCUAUUGGGAUGGCAAGAUAGGGCCAUUCUUGCUGCCUCUGCAUGGCGAUGCUGAUUUCAUUUCAUUACUUUUC